AUGAUAGAUAAUCUCUACCAAGGACUUGAAGAAAGCAAGCCUAUCAAAGUCGGGCACGUUUCGUUACUCAUGGCAGUUCUCGCUACAACCACUACGUUUUGGACUGAGCGUGAUAUGCACCAUGGUAUUUUCACAUCGGUCACAGAAGCAAAUUCACAGUCCACCCGGUGGAUGAAGCUUGCCACAGAGGUUCUCGAAUACUCACGCUACAAGCAUUCCGAAUCUGUGGAGGAUGUCCAGGCAAUGGUCAUUUUGAUAUUCGUUACGACUAAUCUUGUUGGCAUUGCUUCGCAGGCUCGACACAUGGUCUCUACCGCCAUCGCUGUUGCCAGAGAACUGGCAAUGCAUCGAGUCGACCAUCCAAACAACUCUGGUUUUGAUAUGCCGCCACCAUCUUCUGCGAGGGCGGAGAUAUAUAGGAGGGUAUGGUGGUAUCUCGUGGCAACGGACUGGUAA